AUGGAGGACGCCCAUUGCAAAACAGUGGAUGAGGUUGUAAACUUCUUCAACGUCGAUCCUGAGAAAGGAUUGUCCGUCGAUCAAGUUCAGAGGAAUCAGGAGAAAUAUGGUCUCAACGAAUUGCCUGCCGAGGAGGGAAAAUCCAUAUGGCAGCUCGUCCUGGAGCAAUUCGACGACCUUCUAGUUAAGAUUCUUCUAUUAGCUGCUAUUAUUUCUUUUGUAUUAGCUUUAUUUGAAGAGCACGAGGAUGCGUUCACGGCCUUCGUCGAGCCCUUCGUCAUUUUGCUCAUCCUCAUCGCUAACGCCGUGGUCGGCGUAUGGCAGGAACGUAACGCCGAGUCAGCGAUCGAAGCGUUGAAAGAGUACGAGCCCGAGAUGGGCAAAGUGUUACGGAUGGACAAGUCCGGCGUGCAGAGAAUCCGCGCCAAGGAGAUCGUCCCCGGCGACAUCGUAGAGGUGUCCGUGGGUGACAAGAUCCCGGCUGAUAUCCGUCUGUCCAAGAUCUUCUCGACCACCCUCAGGAUCGAUCAGUCUAUCCUGACCGGUGAAUCGGUGUCCGUGAUCAAGCAUACAGACCCCGUGCCGGAUCCACGAGCUGUUAACCAAGAUAAAAAGAAUAUUCUGUUCUCCGGAACGAACGUGGCCGCUGGCAAGGCUCGCGGCGUGGUCAUCGGAACUGGAUUGAAUACCGCGAUAGGUAAGAUCCGUACGGAGAUGUCGGAGACCGAGGAGAUCAAGACUCCUCUGCAACAGAAGCUGGACGAGUUCGGUGAACAAUUGUCGAAAGUGAUAUCCGUGAUCUGCGUCGCCGUCUGGGCCAUCAACAUCGGACACUUCAACGAUCCUGCUCACGGUGGCUCUUGGAUCAAGGGAGCCAUUUACUACUUCAAGAUCGCCGUUGCUCUGGCCGUUGCCGCCAUCCCGGAAGGUCUGCCGGCUGUGAUCACCACUUGUCUGGCUCUGGGUACUCGUCGUAUGGCUAAGAAGAACGCCAUUGUUCGAUCGUUGCCGUCCGUAGAGACUCUCGGUUGCACGUCUGUCAUCUGCUCGGACAAGACUGGCACCUUGACCACCAAUCAAAUGUCUGUCAGCCGAAUGUUCUGCUUCGACAAGAUCGAGGGCAACGACAGCAGCUUCCACGAGUUCGAGAUCACCGGUUCUACCUAUGAACCAGUCGGCGAGAUCUUCUUGAGAGGAAAGAAGGUCCGCGGACAGGAUUACGAGACCCUGCACGAGCUCGGAACGAUUUGCAUUAUGUGCAACGACUCCGCGAUUGACUUCAAUGAAUUCAAGCAGGCGUUCGAGAAGGUCGGCGAAGCGACGGAGACCGCGUUGAUCGUACUCGCGGAGAAGAUCAAUCCGUUCGGUGUGUCGAAGAGUGGACUGGACCGACGUAACGGAGCGAUCGUAGUUAGGCAAGAUAUGGAGACCAAGUGGAAGAAGGAGUUCACGUUGGAGUUCUCCCGCGAUCGCAAGUCCAUGUCUUCUUACUGCACGCCUCUGAAGCCGACGAAACUUGGUACCGGACCGAAGCUGUUCGUCAAGGGAGCACCUGAAGGUGUCUUGGACAGGUGCACGCACGCUCGCGUUGGCUCCACCAAGGUUCCUCUUACUUCUACCUUGAAGAACCGCAUUUUGGAUCUGACUAGGCAAUACGGUACCGGCCGGGACACUCUGCGCUGCUUGGCCCUCGCCACUGCUGACCACCCGAUGAAACCCGACGAGAUGGACCUCGGCGACUCCUCCAAGUUCUAUACUUACGAAAAGGAUCUUACUUUCAUUGGUGUCGUUGGCAUGCUUGACCCGCCCCGAAAGGAAGUGUACGACUCGAUCGUGAGGUGUCGUGCCGCCGGUAUCCGAGUAAUCGUUAUCACCGGGGACAACAAAGCUACCGCUGAGGCUAUCUGCAGACGCAUCGGUGUCUUCGGUGAGAACGAAGAUACGACUGGGAAAUCGUACUCGGGACGCGAGUUCGACGACCUCCCGCAGAGCGAACAGAAGGCUGCCUGCGCCAGAGCUCGUCUCUUCUCCCGCGUGGAACCUGCUCACAAAUCGAAGAUCGUUGAAUACCUGCAAAGCAUGAACGAGAUCUCGGCCAUGACCGGUGACGGGGUGAACGACGCGCCUGCCUUGAAGAAAGCCGAGAUCGGGAUUGCUAUGGGAUCUGGAACCGCCGUCGCGAAAUCCGCGUCCGAGAUGGUACUGGCCGACGACAAUUUCUCUUCCAUCGUCGCAGCCGUUGAGGAAGGACGCGCUAUUUAUAACAACAUGAAACAGUUCAUUCGUUACCUGAUCUCUUCCAACAUCGGCGAAGUCGUCAGUAUAUUCUUGACUGCCGCCCUUGGUCUUCCCGAAGCCUUGAUCCCCGUGCAAUUGUUGUGGGUGAACCUGGUCACUGACGGUCUUCCAGCUACUGCUCUCGGUUUCAAUCCACCGGACUUGGACAUCAUGAACAAGCCGCCCCGUAAAGCCGACGAAUCUCUAAUUUCCGGUUGGUUGUUCUUCCGCUAUUUGGCUAUUGGCGGAUACGUAGGUGCUGCUACGGUCGGAUCGGCUGCGUGGUGGUUCCUCUACAGUCCCCAUGGACCUCAAAUGAACUACUACCAAUUGACUCAUCACUUGGCGUGCCUGGGCGGUGGCGAGGAGUUCAAGGGUGUCAACUGCAAGAUCUUCACGGAUCCUCAUCCCAUGACGAUGGCCCUGUCUGUACUGGUAACCAUCGAAAUGUUGAAUGCGAUGAACAGUUUAUCUGAGAAUCAGUCACUGAUCACUAUGCCGCCGUGGUCCAACUUGUGGCUCAUCGCCUCCAUGGCUCUUUCUUUCACACUCCACUUCGUCAUCCUCUACGUCGACGUCCUUUCGUCUGUAUUCCAAGUCACCCCGUUAACGGCCGAGGAGUGGUUGACCGUUAUGAAGUUCUCCAUUCCAGUGGUACUUCUCGACGAAACCCUGAAGUUCAUUGCCAGAAAGUUCACAGAUGUGGCACCGCCCGUGACGCCGCCGAAAUAAACCUCGGGAAUGCGAUAGGACGAAAAAUCGACACCAGUCCGGAACACAAAGAACAUCGUCAGAAUGGCACUUGAACACCACCCACCCAAGCAACAACCCGCAAGCUGACCGAUGGGAUCGAGCGGAAUUUAAAAAAAGAAAAAAUAAGAUAGAGAAAAACGAAAAAAAAUUACCACGUACAACAUAAAAGAACGCAGUCGCAUACGAUGCAGAGAGGAGGAGCAGAGAUAAAAAAUUGGGCGCGUUUCCCUUUAAGAAAGGGUUUACCCGUAAUUAUCGGUAGAACGAGUAUGGCGAGUUAUACUUUUUUUCGUUUAAGGUUUCGCGGACAUGGGUGUUGUUGAUUUUCAUUCGAGAAAUCGUAUCGCUCAAUUGUCUCGAUUUGAAAAAAAGACGUUUAGUUAAAACAUAGGCUGUGUUAUUCGAGCUGCAGGUGUCGUUGUUUGUUAUUUAAACUAGCAGGGCUAGCUCGCUCGCUAAAGAAGUAUACCUGAUACCCGUUAAAGAAUUUCGCUAUACUCGUUCCACCGAUUCUGCUCAAUAUAUAGUGACCUCGCCCUAGUAGAGGGCUGUUCAGGGAUUAAAGAGACAAAUCCACGGGGAGGGGAGGGGGGCUUAGGAGGUUAGGUCCAUCCAACGCGGUGCGUUCUUUCGCAUAGAUAAAAUAUUUGAAGCCAAGCUUCGAAAAGAGGGAGCGUUGUAAAAAAAAUAUAUAUAUAUAUAUAAAAAAAAACGAACGUCUGAUCGGAGCAGCUUGCCGCUUUCCCCGAAGCUUAGCCGUUUGGGAGGAUCGAACAGACGCGGCAAAAUUCCUCUGCCGGGCGCGAAUCAGAGAAAUCGUAAAAAAAAUAAAAGGUAUGAGAAUUCGUGUAGGAAGGGAAGACGGGAGAAGGAGCAAGCCGGAAAGGCGGGCGAGCAGGAAGAACUCGCGGGAUGGAGGAGGGGAAACAAGUCGAGGAGACGAUUUUUAGUAGGGAUCGAAGAAUUAUUGUAACGCGCGAGGACAAGUGAAACCCCCCGACCCUCCCGAAUUUACACCCCCCCCCCGAUUUCCCGGCUGAUCAUCGCGCCACGCACUGCCGCUGCUUUUCCGUUUCGUCUGCGAGAUUUCGGGAGCUCCAUCUUGUAAGUUUUUCGCGCGUUCCUCGUCUAGCGGACGGUACGCGUGUCCGCCAGUGCCGACGCAACGUCGGUGAACCAGACACUGGGGGAUCUAAGUGAUUUAAAACGAGAAACCAAGAACGACAAACUAAUUUUAGGGUUCUCCUGUUUUUAGAGCUGCGUACGAAGGGAACGUUGAUUCUAGUGGUUAUUAAUAUUCUUUAACGUUGAUAGAGUUUCUUCCGAUUGACACUUAUUUUAUUUUCCUUUCAAGCGAUUACCGAAAGUUACUGUGAAUGUCGUUGGUUUGUUAAUCGAACAGGGAACGUGUUAUUUAUUUUCUUCUUGCGAGUAAUUUCUUCAUUUCCCUCCCCCCCUCCAUCUUCCGUUCCUGCAAGCCAGCUCGUCGUCGGUCUCUGCCUUUCCUCCCCUGUCCCCCCUCGGAACUACUAUUCCCCUCAAGGAUCGAUCCUCGUUAUUGGAAUAACGAGUUUAAGAUAAUGGAGGAAAAUAAAAUCGAACAUAAUCCGUUUUAUCGGGAGAGGAAACGCGCGGGUCUGCUGACACCGAAACGAGGGCACCGGCGCGUGGCAGAAAUCGGAGAAGCGUUACCUCCCCUUCGUCGUUGGACCGAUUGGUGUUUCACGACGAAUAACGAAUCAAAUAAAAAAAUAUUUCUGAUCGGUGACGUAAAUUUCAACGGAUUCCUCCUGGGAGCCUUGGAACGCUGGCGAAACUUACGCCAUCUACAGAAGAAGAAAGGGGAUAAAAUCAAAAAACAAUCGUGGAAGUUGGCGAGAUUGAAAAAUACUGUAAAUACAAAAGAGAUCGCACGUUGUCGUGACGUUUAAACAGAAAUCGAUUAUUAUUAUUAUUAUAAUAUACAUAUAUUAACGGUUAAGAGACAUUAAAUAUAUAUAUAUAUACAUA